CAUUUUCGGACAAUAUCGCAAUUGUUUCCAAAGUGUCAUCGCCUGGUUACAUAUGUUGAUGAUCUACGGUGAAAAACCCUCGAGAUCAUGUAAUGUGGUUGCUCGCGUGACAUGAUUUGCUCGAUGUACUUCGUCCCUGAUCCUUUUUUCUUCCGCAUUGUAGCAGUAUAAGAAGAGAAUUAGAGAGGAAAAAAAAAGGGGCGAGGAUCAUAGCCGCGACAUUAGAAGAGAAGAAUUCAUGGCGAUUUGGUUCAUAUCGGGAGUGUGGCUUGAAAUUUAGUGAUAAUGAGAUGGCAGCUUCACAACAUGUUGAAAUGGAGGCAGCGAAGUUUCUGCAAAAGCUUAUUCAGGAGUCAAAAGAUGAGCCCGCGAAACUGGCGAUGAAACUAUACGUGAUAUGCCAGCACAUGAAGAUGAGUGGGAAGGAGCAGUCCUUGCCAUAUCAAGUAAUAUCAAGGGCCAUGGAAACGGUGAUCAAUCAAAAUGGUAUUGACAUUGAGGCGUUGAAGUCAUCACGUCUUCCUAUGACUGGUGGAACACAAAUGGGAGAUUCUGCAGUUGAAAGGUCAGUGGACAAGGAUAAGCUUCACAAUCAGUCAUCAGUUGGUCCCAGUGACAUGUCUUUCAGUGCAUGGCAUGCUGGAUCAAGUGGGAAGAUAAAAGAUGAUGUUUAUGGAGGAUCGAGCCAGGGAAUAGGGGUUCUGAAAGAGUCUAAAGCAUGCUUUCCUGAGAAUGAGAUGGGAAGGCUUGAGGCAAUUGUUCCGAAUAGGCCACCAGCUGGGCCAAGCAGGGUUGAAAAUGUGGGACAUGAUGCUUAUCAAGGUUCUGCAUCUCAGAGAAGUGGUAAAUCGUUUGAUCAUGAAAGUCCAUCGAGUCUUGACACCAGAUCUGCAAACUCGCAGGAAAGGCGUGAUACAGCAAAACCAGGAAAACAGGAACGUCGAAAAGACACUAAGAAGGCUAGUGGUAAGAGAAAGAGAGCAGACUCCUCAACAUCUGCCAUGGAAGAACAAAAUGACAACCCUCAGCCACUAGAUGGUCCUGGCAUUGGAUCCAAUAUGAUGAAGGGGAAGCUGAUGAACAAGGGUGAUGCCCAAGGCAGUUUUACACUUAAAGCUGUUGUACACAAUCCUGUUCAGAAUAGUGGUCACGUAAAUCAUCUGCCAUCGUUUUCUGGUGGAUUAGGAUCAAUAUUUAGGACCAAGCAAGAGAAUCAGAGUCUAAUAAAAAGGCCAGGUGAUACAACAAAAACCAGCAAUUCAAUGGGUUGGGCUUCAACUCCAAGAUACCCUGAAGAGGCAGAAGUUUCUUCACCUCAUGGUACCUUAGGACUACCGAAAGGUGGCAUGCAACUGUCCAGACAUGAAAUUCUCAGUUCUGGUGGCUGGAAUCAGAAUAAAGUGGGUUUACAAACAGAAAAUUCUCAAGGCUCUAGGUUUCCUCUUAAUAUUGUUUACAGCAGUUCAACAGCUGAAACUUCCAUGUCCCAAUUGGCAGCUCAGUCUCCUGGAACAAGUAAGGAAGCUGGCCAGUCAUCUGAAGGAACAAUUCUUUGCAAGGUUGGAAACUUUUGGGAACAACAAAAGGUUCCUCAUUCAGCGCAACAAAUUGGAGAGGAAUCUCUUGGUAAUGAGACUGAACUUGGGGUUCCUGGAAGGUCCUUUGGACCAGUAAACAGUAACACCUCACAUGGUAACACUGCUACCUCAGGUGGCAUGCCUGGUGCUUUUAGUUCAUAUCCAAUAGUAAGGCCAGGUUCCUCUGCUCCAAUGCCAUUUAACAGUUCUUUCGACAGUCAUGAUUUGGCGUCAAAGAUGUGUAAGGAGAGAAAUGUGGAGGCUUCUUCUCGAUCUCAGCUACUGCAGAAGAGCAAUGAUAUGAUAGCUACUGAUAUGCCCAUGAAAUCUCCUGCUGUUGAGUUUGCUUCUGCCAAAAUUUCUAUUCAUUCUGAACUUAGGAAACCUGGAUUCAUAAAGGAUGCAAUGCAAAGCGUUUCUGAGAAAGGUCUGGAUGCUCCAUUUUGUUCAUCCAGUCGUCGGGAAGAGGCAUUAUCUGGUGGAAGGGUCUUAGAGCAGGAUCAAGGUGCUUUAAAUACUGUGACCAAUUCCAGUAAGAUGGUUCAGGGUUGCGAGACAAACAGUGACAUGGAAAUGAGUAUGGCCCGCGGUGGAGUUUCUCGAGAUACAGGAAAGAGUCUAAUGUCUCAGCCUCCUGCUUUCUCAGGGAUGCCUUUCAAGGAACAACAAUUGAAACAACUCAGAGCCCAGUGCCUUGUAUUUCUAGCUUUCAGGAAUGGAAUGGUUCCUAGGAAACUGCAUCUUGAAAUUGCGAUUGGAGAAAGCUAUCCAAAAGAAGGUGGCAGUGUAGAUGGAGCUCGUAGGGAACUGAUUGACCAUAGAGGGAAAGAGUCAUCCUUAAUGGGGCCAAGUAACAGUAUUGAAGUAGGGGUUAGAUCUGGAAGAACAAAUGAUAUAAAAGAAGCUGAAAAAGUUAUUCCAGGUUCCUCAUCCACUGGAAGUCUGAUAGAUACUGACUCCUUGUCAAAAGACACGGAGAACACGAAGAAGAUAGAAAAACAAAACUGUCCACCUACUGACCAGUCACUGCUAACAGAAGACAGCAAAAAAAUUCUGUUUGCGACAAGAAAACCUGAGGAUGAAAUGCAGACUCAAGGAACAGCAGAAUCACAGGUGGGCGUGGCUACGACCUUGGAGCCUGAAUCCACAAUGAACCAUAGCAGUAUUUCUUCUGAGAAUAUUCAAGAUAAGGAUGAUCCUGACAAUGGCCAUCAACAAGUGGGAAGGGGAGACCGAAUCUGGACAGGAAUCAGCUGUCAUCACGAGGCUACUGAGGGAGCAAUUGGAACUUCUUUGUUUCAGCAUGAACAAUUCUUAGAAAGAGAAGAAAAUCAUUUAAAUCAGUCUCAAACUUAUGGCGACAGGGAUAGAGUAAACAAAUUGUUUACGGUGGAGACUUCUGUUAUGCAAGCAAGGCGAUAUGCAGAUAAAUAUCCAUCCACUUUUCCAUUGAGAGAGCAGAACAGACUUUCAGGGAAAGGAGUUGAACCUCAUAUGCCAAUGCCUCCAAAGGAUGUGAAUCCAUUAACCAUGAAAGCAUUGCAGGGAGGAAAACAUAGUGCAAAAGCAGAGCCUAUUGUUUUCAAUAGUUUUACUAACGCUUCUGUUGUUGGUGGAAAUUGUGGUUCAGAUGAUCAAAGGGGAUCUGAGAUUCAAAAGCAAAUUGCUUCAGAUGGAUGCAAAAUGGUUACCCUCAGUGGGGAUCCAAUUACCAUGCUGGAAAAAUCUUCAGUGGAAGAAGAGGAUGAAAAGUCAUUAUCUUUUGAGACUCCACCUUCUCCGAAGUACACUACCUCAGAGAAGUGGAUUAUGGACAGACAGAAAAGGAAGCUGCUUGAGGAAGAAAAUUGGGCACUGAAACAGAAGAAGAUGGAGGAAAAAAUUACUGCCUCUUUUGAUAAAUUAAAGGAGACUGUGAGUUCAUCUGAAGAUAUUUCUGCUAAGACAAGAAGUGUCAUUGAACUGAAAAAGCUUCAGCUGCUUAAGCUUCAACGUCGCUUGCGGAGUGAUUUUCUGCAUGAUUUCUUCAAACCUAUCACAUCUGACAUGGAGCGCUUGAGAGCAUUUAAAAAACAUAAACAUGGAAGGCGGAUAAAACAGAUUGAAAAAUUUGAACAGAAAAUGAAGGAGGAGCGACAGAAGAGAAUUCAUGAGAGGCAGAAAGAGUUCUUUUCUGAAAUAGAAGUUCACAAGGAGAGAAUGGAUGACUGGUUUAAAAUUAAGAGAGAGCGCUGGAAGGGUUUCAACAAAUAUGUAAAGGAGUUCCAUAAAAGGAAGGAACGGAUACACCGUGAGAAGAUUGACAGAAUUCAGCGUGAGAAGAUUAAUCUAUUAAAGAUCAAUGAUGUGGAGGGGUACUUACGGAUGGUUCAGGAUGCCAAAUCGGAUCGUGUUAAGCAACUGCUCAAGGAGACUGAAAAGUAUCUUCAGAAGCUGGGUGCCAAACUACAGGAGGCAAAGGCCAUGACACGAUGUUUUGAGACAGAUAUGGAUGAGAGUAGGUCCGCAAAUGUUGUUGAAAAGAAGGAGGUUGCUAUUGAGAAUGAAGAUGAGACUGACCAGGCACAGCAUUAUCUGGAAAGCAAUGAAAAGUACUAUCUGAUGGCUCAUAGUAUAAAAGAGAGCAUAACAGAGCAGCCAACUUCUCUUCAGGGGGGGAAAUUGAGGGAGUACCAGAUGAAUGGCCUCCGGUGGUUGGUUUCAUUGUACAAUAAUCAUUUGAAUGGAAUUCUUGCUGAUGAAAUGGGUCUUGGAAAGACUGUCCAGGUUAUUUCUCUGAUUUGUUACCUAAUGGAAACAAAAAAUGAUAGAGGACCUUUCCUUGUGGUAGUACCUUCCUCUGUGUUACCAGGAUGGGAGUCAGAAAUUAACUUCUGGGCUCCUGGCAUAAGCAAGAUUGCAUAUGCAGGACCUCCUGAGGAGCGGCGUCGGUUAUUCAAGGAAAGGAUCGCCCAAGGAAAAUUCAAUGUCCUUCUGACAACAUAUGAGUACUUGAUGAACAAACACGAUAGACCUAGACUAAGCAAAAUACAUUGGCAUUAUGUAAUAAUUGAUGAAGGCCAUCGCAUUAAGAAUGCUUCCUGCAAACUGAAUGCAGACUUGAAACACUAUCAGAGCUCUCAUAGAUUGUUGUUGACUGGAACACCUCUUCAGAACAACCUUGAGGAGUUAUGGGCAUUACUCAACUUUUUAUUACCAAACAUUUUCAACUCAUCAGAGGAUUUUUCUCAAUGGUUCAAUAAGCCCUUUGAGAGUAGUGGUGAUAACUCACCUGAUGAAGCUCUACUUUCUGAGGAGGAAAAUCUUUUGAUUAUAAAUCGACUUCAUCAAGUUCUUCGACCUUUUGUUCUCCGGAGGCUGAAACACAAGGUUGAGAAUGAGUUGCCUGAGAAGAUCGAAAGACUCGUAAGAUGUGAGGCCUCUGCUUAUCAGAAGCUUUUAAUGAAGAGGGUUGAAGACAAUCUUGGUUCCAUUGGAAGUUCAAAGGUUCGGUCGGUGCACAACUCUGUGAUGGAGUUACGUAAUAUAUGCAAUCAUCCAUACCUCAGCCAACUUCAUGCAGAGGAGGUUGAUACUUUAAUACCAAAACAUUAUCUGCCACCAGUUGUAAGACUCUGUGGAAAGCUUGAAAUGUUAGAUAGGUUACUACCCAAGUUAAAAGCGACUGAUCAUAGGGUUCUAUUCUUCUCAACAAUGACUCGGUUGCUUGAUGUUAUGGAAGAGUAUCUCCACUGGAAGCGUUACAGUUACCUUCGGUUGGACGGACAUACAUCAGGAAACGAACGUGGUGCCCUUAUUGAGGAAUUCAAUCGACCAGACUCUCCUGCUUUUAUAUUUUUGCUUAGCAUUCGGGCUGGAGGUGUUGGAGUGAAUCUUCAAGCGGCUGAUACUGUUAUCAUAUUCGACACUGAUUGGAAUCCUCAGGUUGACCUGCAAGCACAGGCUAGGGCUCAUCGCAUUGGCCAGAAGAGGGAUGUACUUGUUCUGCGAUUAGAAACGGUUCAAACUGUGGAGGAACAAGUCCGAGCUUCAGCGGAGCACAAACUGGGAGUUGCUAAUCAGAGCAUUACUGCUGGUUUUUUUGAUAACAAUACAAGUGCCGAAGAUCGAAGAGAAUACCUGGAGUCCCUCCUAAGGGAGAGUAAGAAAGAAGAAGAUGCUCCAGUUUUGGAUGAUGACGCUCUUAAUGAUAUAUUGGCUCGCAGUGAGUCAGAACUUGAUGUUUUUGAGUCAGUUGACCGACAAAGGCGAGAAGAAGAGAUGGCAGCAUGGCAGAAACUGGUACUGGGACAGGACAAAGACAGUUUGGAGCCUUUACCUCCCUUGUCUCCUCGUCUCGUGACAGAUGAAGACUUAAAGGCAUUUUAUCAGGCCAUGCAGAUAUAUGAAGUAUCUAAUGUUGGGGUAAAGCGAAAGAGUGAGAAUCUUGGAGGGCUUGAUACCCAACAGUAUGGAAGGGGCAAACGAGCUAGAGAGGUACGUUCCUAUGAAGAUAAAUGGACAGAAGAGGAAUUUGAGAAGAUGUGUCAAGUUGAUUCCCCAGAGUCUUCCAUACGCAAAGAAGAAACAGUCUCCAAGAGUAUGGCAAUGGGUGCAAGUAACUCAAAAGUGGGUAACAUGGAUCCUCCACCUUCAGCACCUCCGCUGUCCACAGAACAAUCACAGCUUCCUGGCAAAGAGUUGCCACCAACGUCCAGACGAGGACGUGGUAGGCCAAAAAGGGCAGCAGCAGCAGAAGCAGGUACCUCCCUGUAUGCAGGGGUUGUUCCUGCGCCUUCUGAAACUGUCAACAAACUGGACAUGGGAUCUCAUGGAGAAAUCAGUCCAGGUCUUACUCCCACUCCUUCAAAUGGUAGUUCUCCUGGUUCUGUUACGAUCAAAGAUCUGGGUGGAACUACGCAACAUGAGUUCAGCAGUGGAGCUGCCACUGGUUCAUUCGUCACUACUCCUGUACCUUCUGUCCCCAUUCAAGCCAAGGGACAAAACGGGAAGCCCCAAAGUAGCUCAGAAUCAUCUAGGCGCAGGGCAAAGAAACAGAGUUCAGGAUCACCUGCUGUUGGACCUGAAACUAAUCCGGCUCAGAAAAUGCCAACAGAAAGAGGCAUUUCAUCAGAUAGCUCUCCAGCUUCUUUAGUUCAUGACAAUCAGAAGGUUGUAAGACCAUCUGGCACUUUAAAUGCUCCUAUUGAUGUCAGCCCUGAAUCUAGCUCCAUUUCCAGAAUUUCAAAGGAAAGGGGCAUUAUGUCAGACAGCUCUCGAAAAUCUGCUUUCGCGACACAGAAGUUGGUGGAUAGACCACAUAGUACUUCAAAUGCCCCUACUAUUGUUAGUUUCGAGGUAAACCCAAUCACUGGGCUACCAAAGGUGGUUGAAUUAGUUCCAGUUCGGACCACAAUGCCUUCCUUUUCUCAGGCGAAAUACAUGAGAGUGGGACCUAGCUUGGACAAAAGGGAAACAGAGAAAGUUCCCAUUUCUGAGUCAAAAUCAGCUCCUAUCGAGACCUCAUCAACACCAAAAACAAGCUCAGUUGAAUCAAACAAGAAAGAAGGUGUGAAGGUCAGCAUGCUUCCUGCUGGGCAAGAUUCCAAGGUUUCCCAUUCAUCUACACCUGUGAUGUCUGCAUUGGCACAAGAUUUGAGUGAGAGGAGAUCCCAUCGUAUGGGGACCUUGGAUAAGCAAAAAGCAUCUGGAAAACCUGAACCUGUUUCUGCCCAAACCCCUCAGAAAGCCGUAUAUAGUCUUGAUGCCUCAAGAACAGUACCUACCAGUGGCUCAGUUCCUGAAAGGGCUGUGUAUUUGGACCUUCCUAAGGUCAAACCUGUUGAAUUUGUUGCAGGCCAAGAUAAUAUACCCUAUGGCAAUGCAUCUGAUAUGUGCUUUCAGAAUAUGAAAGAUGAGCAACACUCAGUCCCAGCUCCCCUGCAUCACAUGAAAUCCUCUGCUGAUAAAGGUAAGUCCAAGUCACCUGUCCCAGUAAAGCGGGGAACUAAAAGAAAAGAUUUAGGAGUUUCCGACAUUAAACAAGCUGCUGUUGCAAUUAAGAGUUCAAAUGUGGUAGUUCCUUCAGUCCAUGCUCCCACUGUAGGAUCACAGGUGGCAGAAGGGAAUAGGAGCAGCAUGAAAGCCGUCACCAUGAAAGAUAAGCCGGACAAUGAUUCAAAGAAAGUGGGAAAUGUUAUUGAUGACAAAGGUCAAAGCCUUGUACCUGUUAUAAUAUCUGACCAGAGGUUAGACUCAACAGAGAAAUUGGUUAUUUCUACCCAGAGCAAGCUGCCAGCAGAUACGUCAACAUUACAAAACUGUGCCAUUUCCAUGGAUAAGAGCUUUGAAUGUGCAGAAGCCAAUACAGUGAGGAAUUUUACCUCUGAGCAAUUCUGUGAGGCCCCUCUUCCCAAUGUGGUAUCUUGCCAGGAGCCAAAUUCUGAUCAGAGAUCUGCUCAAGAGAAGCAGCAUUUAACAUGUUCUCCAAUAGCUGAAAAGACCACCAGUUCUGUGGACAAUACAACCACAUGUGUGAAACCAAAAGAAGUCGAAAGCAAAAAAGAUGGUCACAGCCAUGUUUCCAAAUUAAUUCUGAGCAAGAAGCCUAAGCUUACAGAGAAAUCAAAUCUUCCUGGCCAGAGUGUGCAACAGCCAGAUACAUCAAUAUUGCAGGAGAAUGCUGUAAUUUCUAUGGAGAACAGCUCAAUUUGUAUGGGAUCUAAUGCAAGGAGUUAUGAUUCCACUGAGAAACCUUUUAAGGCUGCUCCUCCUGACAUUGUAUGUGGUCAAGAGCCAAACUCAAAUGAGAAGUCCUCAAACUACAAGCUAUCAACAUUGCCAUCAGUAUAUGAGGGUGGUGCUGCUAGUUCUUUGGAAGGGAGCUCUACAAAGUCAAUGAAAACCAAAUCAUCACCUAACGAUGGAAGCUCUCUAUCUGAAAUGCCGGACUUACCUUCUAAUGACCUGCCUGUAUCUCCAUCUGGUCAGCUUACUCAAUCUCUCCAGCAGAUUCCCGACUCUUCUGGUACCCUUGGUGUAGAUGGUUGUUCUGUGGGUUCUAUUAAUCUGGAGAAUACUGAUGAUGGAAAGCAGCUGGAAGGAACUAUUGUAUGUCAAGGUGAAGCACAGAGACAUGAUAUUGCCCAAUCUAUACUUUCUAGAAGUGGCCAGGUUUCUCGACCCAAUGAGCGGGUUCCUGUUCCUCCUACAAAUGAUGGCAGUUCUUUACUCGGUGAUAGUGAAGUACCCAAUCUAGCUGACACCACUCCAACUGAAUUUGCUUCUAGCCAGCUCUCUCAAACAGGUGACAAGAUCCUCAAUAGGGGUAGUAAUGGUACAGCUGAUACAGAUCAUGUUAAUCCAGUGCGUGCUGAUGAUGCUAUACGUGAAGGAGCUACUGUACUUUGUCCAGGUGAAAUAAAACAUGAUACUGAUCCAUCUAUGCCUAUGCCUAGAAGCGGCCAGGAUCCUCUAUUCGAUGAGCAGCUCUCUGAUCCUCCUAGUACUCAGGAUGCAUAUGGUGAUUCUGUUGGUUCUGCCAACUCAGAGCAUCCUGUGAAUGAAAAUUAUUCUUACAAGUCUAAUGAAACACUUGGCCAAAUUGAGGUUAAGCUAGAGCGUGCUGAUGAUCUGAAGAAACCUGAAGGAACUACUGUACUUUGUCAGAGUGAAACAAAACAUGAUACUGCUCUACCUAUAUCUGGUAGUGGCGAAGUCCCUCUCCUGGAUGAGCAGGUUUCUGAUCUUCCUAGUACUCGGGAUGCACAUGCUGAUCCUGAUGGUUCUGCCAAUUCAGAAGAUCCUGGAGCAGAAAAUUAUUCUGAGGUAUAUGAUGUGACAGAUGGUCAAAUUGAGGUUAAGCCAGAGCAUGUUCAUGAUUCAAAGAAACUUGAAGGAACUACUGUACUUUGUGAGGAUGAAACAAAACAGGAUACUGCCCCAUCUAUGUGUAGGAGUGGCGAGGUUCCUCCAGUGGAUGAUCAGGUGUCUGAUACUCCUGGUACUCAUGAUGCACAUGAUUAUCCUGAUGGUCCUGCCAAUUCAGAAAAUCCUGGGACGGAAGAUUGUUUUAAGAAAUCUGAUACGGCACAUGGCCAAAUUGAGAUUAAGCCAGAGCAUGCUGAUGAUGUGAAGAAACCUGAAGGAACUACUCUACAUUGUCUGGGUGAAGUACAGUACAAGGAUGAUGCUGCCCCAUCAAUGUUUGCAACUGGCCAUGAUCUGCAACUAGAUGUGCGAGACGUUGAUACUUGUACCCCUCAUUAUACAAGUACUGAGAGUGAAGGUUAUUCGAAACACUGCAAUUCUACUGUAAAUUGUCAGAGCAAAGCACUUGAGCUAUCUAGUACCGCCCCACCUGAAUUCACAUCUAGCCAGAUCCUUCAAACAGAUCUGCAGGCCUCCUGUCCCUCAGGGACCCAUGUUGCAGGUUCUGAUUAUGUGGUUUCUGCAAAUUCAGAAGCUCCAGGGAGAGAUGAGACUGAGGGGCAUGAGAGCACUGCCCUGCCUUCUCAGAGUGAAGAAACAGAAGUACCUGAUACUCUAAGAAUUGUAUUAUCCACCCAGAUUUCUAAUUCAGAUCAGGAUAACCCCAGUUCUUAUAUCAGUGGUACAGGGGAAGAUCAAAAUUCUAUGAUCUGUGAGAAAGCUGAGCUUUCUGGACUAGAUGAUUCUAUGGGUAUGCAUAAGAUCUUUGUCACAGAUCAGACAGCUAUUGUUGCUUCAGGUGGGGAUUCAUCUGGCGAUAAGUUGGACAGGCCUAGUCAAAGUGUUGGCGAAAUCGAUAGUAUUAUUCAAGAUCCAGGGGAUGUCAAGAAAGCUGACAAUGAUGGAGUUAUUUCUAGUGAGGCACUCCCUGGACCUAGCCACACCCCAAUUGUUUUGCAUGUGGUUCCUUCUGAUGAGGACAAAAUGGUCAUAAGCACUUCUGAAGCUGUCAAUACAAUUAAUGGAGCUGUUAUUCUAGGUCCUGUAUCUUCUGAGGAUGCUGAUGGACGUAAAGAAGGUACUGUGUCAACUGAGCUCACAUAUGUCGGGGAUUCCCAUGGUGAUGAAUGGGGUCUGAAAGCACCUUCCGUUGAGAGUGGAAACAUAGGUGUUCCUUUUGAAGAGGACGAAUCAGUCAGAGACACUUCAGAAGCUAAUGGUAAAACUAACGGAGCUGUCUGUCAAGGUCCUAUAUAUUCUGAGAAACCUGAUAGAGGUGGAGAUACUCUUAUUGUGCCAGUUGAACUUACAUCUGUGCAGGAUUCUCCUGGUGAUAGAAGGGUUCUGAAAGCCUCUUUUGUUGAGGAUGACAAUAAAGGGGUUCCAAUUGAACUUUCAUCUGGGCAGGAUUCCCCUGGUGAUAGAAGGGAUCUGGAAGCCUCUUCUGUUGAUGGUGACAGUAAAGGGGUCCCUUCCGAUGAAAAAAAAUUGGCCAUGGACAGUUCAGAAGGUAAUGGUAACAAAAUUAACGAAACCGUUAAUCAAGGUCCUGUAUAUUCCAAGGAAGCUGAUGAAGGUGGUGAUCAUUCUGAUAUUGUGCCACCGCCAAUUGAACUCACAUCUAGCCCAGAGUUCUGUGGUGAUAAAAUGGAUCCAGAAGCCUCUUCUGUCGAUGGUAAAACCAAAAGGGUUCCUUUUGAUGAUGAGGAUGGAUUUGUCAGAGAUGCUUUAGAAGCUAAUGAUAAGAUUAAUGAAGCUGUUAGUCAAGAUCUUGUAUAUUUUGAAAAAGCUGAUGAAAGUGGAGCUGAUCCUAUAAUUCUGCCAACAGAAUUCAAAUCUGGCCUGGAUUCCCGUGGUGAAAAAUUGGAUCCAGAAGCCUCAUCUGCUGAAAGUGAAAUUGAAAGGUUUCCUUUUGAUGACAAGGAAAAAUUGGUCGGAGAUGCUUCAGAAGCUAAUUAUAAUAUUAAUGAAGAUGUUAGUGAUGAUCCUGUAUAUUUGGAGAAAGCUGAUGAAGUCGGAGAUCAUCCUGGUACUGUGCAAACUGAACUCACGUCUGGCCUGGGUAAGUAUAGUGAUAAAUUAGAUCUUGAAGCUUAUUCUGUUGAGCGUGAAAAUGCAAGUGUUCCAGUUGAUGACAGGGACAAAUUAAUAGGUGAUGCUUCAGGAGCGAAUGCUAAAAUUGGUGAAGCUGUUAGCCAUGAUCCUGUGUAUUCUGAGAAUGCUGAUGAAGGUAGAGAUCAUACUAGUAUUGUGCCAACUCAACUCACAUCUGGCCAGGAUUCCCAUGGUGAUAAAUUGGAUCUGGAUCAUGAAGCCUCUUCUGUUGACAGAGAAAAUGAAGGGCUUCCUUUUGAUGAAAAAGAAAUAGUCGGAGACUCUUCAGGAGAUAAUGAUAUAAUGGAUGAGGCAUUUAGGCAAGAUCCCAUGUGUUCUGAGAAAAUUGAUCAAAGUGGAGAUCAUCCUAGUAUCGUGCCAAUUCAACUCACAUUUCAUCAGGAUUCCCAUGGUGAUAAAUUGGAUCGGGAAACCUCUUCUGCUGAGGGUGACAAUAAUGGAGUUCCUUCUGAUGAACAAAAAUUGGUCGGUGACACUUCAGUGGAUAAUGAUAUAAUUGAUGAGGCUGUUACUCAAGGUACUGGGUGCUCUGAGAAAGUUGCCGAAGUUGGACGUCACCCUUGUAUUGUGCUAACUCAAAUCACAUCUGAACAGGGUUCCCAUGGUGAUAAACAGGAUUUGGAGGUCUCCUGUGUUCAGGUUGUAAAUAUGAGGGUUCCUUCUGAUGAAAAAGAAUUGUUCAGCGAUACUACUGAAGCUAAUGAAACAGUGACUGAAACUGUUAAUCAUGGUCCUGUCUCUAAUAAAGAAGUUGAAGAUCAUCAUCCUGGUAUUGUGCCAGGUGGACUCGCAUCUGGUGAGGAUAUCCAUCAUGAUGAAGUAAAUCUGGAAACCCCUUAUGUUGAGGAUGAAAAUAAAGGGUAUCUUGUUUUAGAAUAUAUGCAGCCAGUUGCUGCUAUAUCUUGCAGUUUGGAUACCCUUCCAGAAAAUUUGUGUGAGAUUCAAACUCCUGCAGCAGAUCAAAUCAGUGCAGGUAAGUGUGACAGAAAUUUUGGAGAAGUACACAAAUCAGAAUCAGAUAAUUCUCAGCUAGUUUCUCCUGAUCCUGGUGAGGAUCAUGACGGUGCUGCUCUUGAUGUUUCACUGGUUAGUAGCGUUAAAGAAAAUGACGGGAAUCAGUCGUCAGAGCAGGUGGAUAUAUCCUCAUCAUCUCUGCCAAGUGGGGAAGAGGAAAAGAAAGACAGCAUGCCCGAGAAUAUUUCGGUGGGGAGCUCAAUAGUGCCAGCUGUACCAGAUGAUGAAGCAGAGUAAGGGGCAACCAAAACAGUUAACUGCAUUUUUGUCUAAUGCUUGACUAUAUUUUUUUGCUGUAAAUGAUAUAGUUUAAUAGUACAAGUCAAAUUGGAGGCAUGAUAGCUAUCUGUAUUCCUGUUCAGUCUGACACAAAGGAAAUGCUCCAGCUUCUGUUUUAUGUCAUGACAAUGUAUAUAAUCUUUCGGUUCUCUUUGAA